AUUUACGAUGCCGGGGAAGUUUUUGGAAUAUUACGAAUCCAACAGGAAGAUGACAUAGAGGAAGUGGAGAAUGAGGAAAACGGAGAAUCUGAGAGGAAGAACAAGAACCCUGGAGAGGUGGUUAACAGUAAAGUGGUGGUCACCCGAGAAAGUGGCUUCCUGGUCUCGGAUCCAACCAGUAUUGUCCUGGUUGACCAUGCUUGGACUUACCGUGUGGAGCAUGCCCGGCAGCAGCUGGAGCAGAUUCCUGGACUCCUGCCUAGAAUGGCCGCCCUCAUGGGGUUGGACUUCCAUGGGGAGGUGCCGUGUCCAGACACAGUGGAGAUGAUCUUGAAGGACAUGUGGAAGUACAACCAGACCUAUCAACUGUCUCAAGGGUCAGCAGAAGAAAGAGUUCCUGUGUGGUACAUCAUGGAUGAGUUUGGUUCCCAAGUACAGCACUCGGACCGGCCCAGCUGCAACAUGGUUCCCUUCUUUCACAUCCCAGGCCAGCUGGCUUACACCCUGCUUUGGCCUCUGCAGGACCUUGCAGAAGGAGAUGAAGUAACCCGUGAUUAUGCAUAUGGAGAAAGCAACGUGCUGCUGAGGCACUGCAUACUUUUACCCUGGAUACCUAAUGAUCUGGAAGGGGCAAGCAGUGAGAUCACAGAACCCCCAGACUCAUACUACGAG